UGCAAAAAGAACAUGGCAACCUCUGAGCAGCUCCAUAUGCCAUUUAUCUGCUGGAUCUGGCUGCCAUAGGUGGCAGUGUGUGUGUGAGUGUGUGUGAGUGUGUGUUCGGAGGCCGGUGUGUGUGUGAGUGUGUGUGAGUGUGUGUGAGUGAGUGAGUGUGUGUGUGUGACACACUGAACGAGGGAAACGACUCGGGCCGGAAAAAAACGAUGGCAAAGUGAAAGCAGAAAGACUCGAGCAGCUUGUGGGGCUCAGAGACCAGGAGCCGAGUGAGGAACCAGUGAGGAGCUGGGAUCAACCUUCAUCCACCACCUCCUCCACCACCACCACCAUCUCCUCCUCCUCCUCCACCACCUCUUGUUCUUCUUCCUCUUCUUUUCUGCCAUGCAUCAUCAUCAUCAUCAUCAUCAUCGGAGGAGGAUGUAGACCCCUCGGCCUGCUCUGAAGACUACCAUUUGAAUGGGACUUUUUUUUUUUUUUUUUUUUUCCUUCGGUGAUGAAGCUUGUUUCAUGGAGCCCGAAAGACACGGACAGCGCGCGCGCAGCUUACCGGACGGCACGAGCGUGAAAUGGACAGGAUUUAGACUUUAAUUCGGUGUUUAUUUUUAUUUGUUUUUCGUGCUGAAUUGAGGGGAAAAAGAGGCGAAUUCGGGGCCUGGGGAGGAGCCUCGAUUUCUCUCUUCUUUCUUUAUUUGAAAUCUUUUGAGAGCAUCUUGAGCUUGCCGUGCGCGAGGCGGACGCGACCAUCGCACCGCACUGGGAUUGUGUUUUGUGUGUGUGUGCUUGUGGUGGUGGGGUUUUUUUGAUGGAGCUGGAGAACAUCGUUGCUAACACGGUGCUCCUUAAAGCGAGAGAGGUGAACAGUGUUUGUGGUUUGGGACGCGCCCACAGUGACGUGCUGACGGCGAGACAUCAGACAUGCGUGACUAAAUUCGAAUAAAUCUCUUCUUCUUCUCCUUUACGACACACAGCGAUGUCUGUUAUUAAUCUACGACCGUGACGUUUUUAUGAAGCGAAAUCCUCACUUAGUGCUCUGAUCAGCAGGACGGGAUAAAAGCCCAGGAAAACGUACGACGUGCGCCGACUUUCGGAAGCGCGUUUGGCCGAGAGAGAGACAGGAGAGAGAGUUAUGGAGAGAUGGGAACGCUGAUGGGAACGCUGAUGAUUCACGGCCUCGCUGUUCUUCCUGGGAAAGAAAUCCUGCUGGAAGCUCAGAAAGAGCCACUGGGACGGGUUUAUUAGAGCCGUCACGCCGCGUUCGCUCACAAAACACACGCUGAAGGAGCCGCGCUGCUGUUCGGGACACGUCCCAAACCUGACAGCAGAAUGAGGUCAUCAGGUGGAGGAGGAAAGCGGAAAGGGAGGAGUAAGAAAUGGAGGGAGAUCCUUCGCUUCCCCCACAUCAGCCAGUGCAUGGAGCUGAGCAAAAACAUCGAGAGGGAUUACUCCAGCCUGUGUGAAAAGCAGCCCAUAGGGAGACUGCUGUUUCGCCUCUACUGUGAGACCAGACCAGAGCUGCUGAGAUGCAUUCAUCUGCUGGACGCCAUGGAGGACUACGAGGUGACUCCGGACGAGAAGAGGAAGAAUCGAGGAGACCAGAUCAUCAAGAAGUUCCUCACCAAGCAGUCCCCGGAGUGUGUGGAUGUGGUGGAGGGUCUUGCCGAACGCUGCAGAGAAAACCUUGAGCUGAGUCCCUGCAAAGAGAUCUUCAGCGACUGCCGCAAGGCUCUGCAUGAGUACCUGAGUGGAGCUCCGUUCUCUGAUUACCAGAACAGCAUGUACUUCGACCGCUUCAUCCAGUGGAAAAUGCUGGAAAGGCAGCCAGUAACUAAAGACACGUUUCGGCAGUACAGAGUGUUGGGGAAAGGAGGCUUCGGAGAGGUGUGCGCGUGUCAGGUGAGGGCGACGGGGAAGAUGUACGCCUGUAAGAAGCUGGAGAAGAAGAGGAUAAAGAAGAGGAAGGGCGAGUCCAUGGCGCUGAACGAGAAACAGAUCCUGGAGAAAGUGAACAGCAGAUUCGUGGUGAGUUUAGCGUACGCGUACGAAACCAAAGACGCUCUGUGUCUGGUGCUGACCAUCAUGAACGGAGGAGAUCUGAAGUUCCACAUCUACAACAUGGGAACGCCGGGCUUCGAGAAGGAGCGCGUGCAGUUCUACGCUGCUGAGAUCUGCUGCGGUCUCGAGCACCUGCACCGAGAGUCCAUCGUCUACAGGGAUUUAAAACCAGAGAACAUUCUGUUAGAUGAUAACGGCCACAUCCGGAUCUCAGACCUGGGGCUGGCCAUUAAAGUGCCUGAUGGUGAGGCGAUAAGGGGCCGAGUCGGCACUGUGGGCUACAUGGCUCCAGAGGUGAUCAAUAACGAGCGCUACAGCAUGAGCCCUGAUUGGUGGGGUCUGGGCUGUCUGAUCUACGAGAUGACGGCGGGCCGCUCGCCGUUCCGCGCUCGCAAAGAACGAGUGAAGAGGGAGGAGGUGGAGAAACGAGUGCAGGAGGAGGAGGAGGAGUACAGCGAAAAGUUUACAGAAGACACCAAAGCCAUCUGCAGGAUGCUUUUAGCCAAAGACCCUAAGCAGAGGCUAGGCUGUAAGGCGGAAGGCGCAGCGGAGGUCAAAGCUCAUCCCUUCUUCAAGAACAUCAACUUUAAGAGACUGGAGGCUGGAAUUCUGGAGCCUUCCUUCGUGCCUGAUCCGAGAGCGGUGUACUGUAAGGACGUGUUGGACAUUGAGCAGUUUUCCACUGUUAAAGGAGUCAAUCUGGACCAAACCGAUAACGAUUUCUACUCCAAGUUCGCCACUGGCAGCGUCUCUAUACCAUGGCAGAAUGAGAUGAUUGAGACGGAGUGUUUUAGUGACCUUAAUGUGUUCGGGCCUCAGGGGACGCGAUCCCCGGACCUGGACUGGGGUCAGCCGCCCGAGGCUCCACGCCGCAGCCUGCUGGACCGCCUCUUCAGGAGGAACGUGAGGAUCUCCUCCUCCUCCUCACACACAGAGGAGCCGGCCCGAGAACACAACAGCUAACUACAGACCAGCAUCCAGAGGCGACCGUCGCUCGCAGCCGAGUCUCGUCUUCCAGCGUCAACUCCGCGUUGACUCCGUGUCAAGCUCCGCCCCCUAGUGGACAGACGCCUGCAGGACUACAGGGAACCAGAACGAGUGAUGUAUAGAUAGAGAAAGAGAAAGACUCACGGAAAAGAAGACGUUUUGUUUUCGUCCUGGAAUUUGCCAACGCGUUCCCGCUGGAGGGCAGGAGACGAAGCGACUCAGCUUUGGAGACGAUAAAGACGUUUCUUUAUUUUUUUGUCUUCGUUUUUUUUUUUUUUUUAACAAAAAAGGAGAACUUUUAGCCCUCACCUCAUGCUCCCUCAGGAUUGCUGGACCAGAAUUUAAAAAUAAAAAAAAACAAACAAAAGAAAAACAAAAAGAGCCACUGACAAUGACGGAAUAUUAAACUCUUUAUUAUUCAGGGGAUUUUACCGAGGCCUCCACAGGGAAGGGGACGAGGGGAUGACGAGGGCUUUUUCCCUUCGCUUGAGGAGGGAAAGGCUAACGGAGUGGACUGAAGAGACUCUACACACACUCGACACACACAGGCCUUCAAUCAUUCAUGCUCUCUCGCUCUUUUCCUUCUCCUCCGUCCCUCUAUCAAUCCACACUCGACGACAGGACGCGACACACACCUCCGAACCUCCACAUUGCCUUGUGUUUUUACACUCAGGCCAAAGAUAUGACACGUACAUAAAAAUUCGGUUGCUGUCAUUUUUCUUUGAGGUUAAGCCUAAAAUAGCACAACUCGGACACGCUAGUCGCUGUUUUUCCACUCAUUCAUGUUUGUCUAUCCAUAAAAGGGACGCUUUAUCAAAAAAAAAAAACUUUUUCUCAGAAAUUCUGUCUUAUGCUAGUUCGCUAGUUUACAGUGAAAUUUUAAAAUUAUAAACUUUUGUGACUAUGACUUAAAAAUCCCCUCUGAAAUCCUGUCAGUUUAGCUAACGUUAACUAGCAAAAUUAUUUAUAUUCCUUCAAAAAUCCUGUCAGGUUUGCUCGUGUUAGCUAGCCGGCCAGCAUUAACUGGUUAGCAUUAGCAGUUUAGACUUUAAAAGUACUGCUAGGUUAACGUAUGUUAGCUAGAUAGCAUUAGAAGUGAAAGUUAGUAAUAUUUUACAAAUAUAACUAAAAAAUCCUCUCAGAAAUCCUGGCUAGUACAUGCUAGCUAGCUCGCUAGCAUUAUUAUAGGAGAUUCUAAACUUUCAUGUACAAGUCCUGUCAAAAAUCCUGUCAGGUUAGAUCACAUUAUGAAUAUGAUUUAAAAAUCCUCACAGAAAUCUUGUCAUUUUAGCUAGCUAGUUAGUGCUCACAGUGAAGAUGAUGAACUUUUAUUAUUAAUAUUAAUAUGACUUUAAAGAAAAAAAUCCUCUCAGAAACCCUGUCAUGUUAGCGUGUGUUAGCUAGCUAGGAUUUGUAGUGAAGACUGUGAAUUUGUAUUAAUAUUGUUCUCAGAACUCUUGAGAAGUUAGCUUACGUUAGCCAGCUAGUCCAUGUUAGCAGUGAAGAUUAUGAACGUGUGUAAAUAUGAUUGAAGAAUUCUCUCAGAAAUCCUGUCAGGCCAGCUCUUCUAGCUAGCAUUAAGAAUAAAGAUGAUAAACAUUUUCCAGAAAUCCUGUCAGGUUUUAGCAUUUAGCAUCUUCCACAUAAAUUUUUUUUUAGAUGAAGCGUCCCUUUAAAAAAAAGAAAACACACAAACACACACACACACACACAUCUAUAACAUUUGGCAGCUUUAUAAGUUUGAGGACGGAGUUCAUCCCUCACUAUGAUGCUAACACUCACUUCCUGUGUGCGAUACAAAGGAAAUUAGCCAAAUGUGGAGACAGAAAAGUGGUGGUGGUCUUUUCAAACCAGCAGAUACACAGAUUGACAGCACAACAGCCAAUCAGGGAGCUUCACUUCAUCCAUCUCAUCUUAGAUUUCCACCCUUUAAAAGUUUAAGAAUCAGAUUUAGAACUCUGUGGUGGCGAUUAGCUACCUGUGGCUAAUCCGUCGUCCUCAUUCUCUCUAUGCUGCCUAGCUAGUGUUAAUACUGCUAACCCUGCGUUCACACAGCAGCCAUGUUUUACACCUCGCGUCGCCCAAACUGCUAGACGUCGGUCGCUAGUAAGCAUUAACGACUCAACGUUAAUCCUGGUUGCCGUGGUAACCAUGCUAGCACCUAGAUAAUAUAGUGGUCGCCUUCACAAAUUUUCUUAGAAGUAUAGUGUUUAGCUGCAUUGCACAAUCAAUGCGACUAAUAUUUACAGAAUUAUUUAAAUAUAUAUAUAUAUAUAUAAAUACGCUAAUAAAAAUCUUAAUUAAUAGACAGUUUUAGUAACAAAGCAUAUGUCGUCAUUCACACAGUUAUUUAAGCUAGCUAGCUUCAUUUUAAAAAAUUUCUCCAAACAUUUUUUAAAUAUUUCGUACAUUCCGAUAUAUUUCAAAGCAUUAAAUCACGACAGAAAAAUAGUCCCACUGUGCCUCACUCCUAUUGGCUAACGCUUUUCUUCUCAUUUGCAUCUUUACUUUCUAUCGGAUUUAUCGUAAAUAAGAAUUCGCAACCUAAAGGCUGCACAUAAACGUCCGUUAAAGACACAUUUACAAGAAGAAGAGCUCCGGGAACCGUCGUAAUACUCGAGUUUCCGAUUGGUUACUAAGUUUUGUCGAUUUAUUUCGCUGGUUCACAUUAAAAAAAUUAAAUAAUUCUUUUUCUAAAUUCUACAUUUCUAAAUAACUCAAUUACAUCAUGGAUGUACGUAGUUAGGAAAAAUUUCAAAGUUGAUUAAGCUAGCUUAUGUUAACGGUGCACUCUGAUGACUUCGUAAUUACAACUUUGCAACUUUCGGAAGCAUUUGUCGUGUCCCUUAGCCCCGCCCACUUCUCUUUGCUGAUCGUCGCUCCAAAUGACCGAGUCUCACUGCCGGUGUGAACGCAGGGUAACGAAGAAAUGCUGUAUGUGCCAAAACCUGCUGGCCAAAACAUGAAGGAAAACCAGUUGAUGGCUUUCUUUGUUGUAUGUUUUUUUUCCUUUUAAAUCCAUCAACAGUCGAAGAAGUCACAGUGGAAUUUGAAAAGAGACGCUGAUUGUUCAUCGAAUAUUUGUAAGUCGAAGUCGAAGCAGCCAGACUUGUGUUAUCGUGGUGCUUCUUUGACAGUAAAGUGCAUCACAUCAUAUUGCAUUAUAUCAUAUAAUAUUGAACCUUUAGCUGCUUUAAAUAGACAUUUCAAACUUCGGAUCGUUUGUCGAGAAGAAAUAUCGUAUCAUACUGUCUUGAAAGCGACGACACAAGUCCGGUCACCUCGUCUUACUCCUUGGAGAUUCUCAGUGACUUGCGUGACUGAAAAAAAAACCUUCACAGACAUAUUCAUCUCCACUGCACUCAUCUCCAGAACGUUGCCAAACGUGACGUUAACGAACACAGCGUUAACGAACACAGCGUUAACGAACGCGGCGUUAACGAACGCAGCUCUCCUUCCAGUCUCGGCUGUUUUUUUUUUUCCGAAGCCGAGACGUUUUCACCGUACUGUUUACACUCAGUAAAGCAGGUUCACCUUAAACCAGCAUACCUCAACACACCACUUCACUCAUCUACUUUCCACAGCAUUACAGUUUUACACCACUUCGUGUCGUUGAGACACUCCACGCGGUGGCUAACAGCUGCAUUCUUCUAGCUUCAGACGUAUCGUGGACAAGUAUCAUGGAUUUAGACUGAAUGUCAACCGGACGGAGCAUUUCAGUGCUUUUUAACAUUAUUGUUAUUAAUAUUAUUAAUAUUAUUAUUAUUACUAUUAUUAAAGCGAAAAGAAAUCAUAAACGGUUUAAGUACCGUGUAAGGAAUGGGCGUUUGCGAUGUAUUACUGAACCGAUCAGUCGUUAUGAUCACGGUCGUGGCGUGUUUCGGAAAGGUUACUUUGGCUGGAAUGUCGAGAACUUCGCCAAAUGUAAAGUCAAAGCACGCAGUUCAUUUCUUUAGUGAAUCAGAUUAUACGUUAAACUUCAAAAUAGGGUGCCUGAAGUGAAACUGUGCCAUGUUUGUUCUCGAUAAACAUCUAAGUAUUUAGAUUUCAGUCUACGUAUGUCAAAGUAGGCAUGUGCUGAUAAUUAGGUUGUAUGAUAUUCUGCAAUAUUUAUCAGACUAGACAUGUCUAGCUAGGUGGAGCCAGAUUAUCCAUCACUGACAAUGCUAACCUAGCUAGCUAGCUAGCUAGCUAAAGUCCUAUUGGGAAGGGUGACUCUCUUGUAAGGUUGAUUAUUUUGGGUAAAUUUGAUGGCGCGUCCUUUUUUGGAGAAGGCGAAAGUCCACCAUUUUAGUCCGUGAAAGGCAAAACGUAAGUUAACAUACAAAUUUUAUGCUAAUAUUCGUGACAUGGAAGGUUAACAUCGGCACAUGCCUGCUGAGGAGUUGUGUAUUAUUAGUGCGAAAAAGCCUAGAUGUUUAUAAUAAACGUUAACAGGGAAUUGUUGUGAUUUCACUAAAAACAUUUCGGGUCCAGUUUUUUCUAAUCAUUCGUAUACAGAUAUUCCGUUAUGAAAACUGUAUAGGGACAAAGAGCCAGUUCUCUUCGGAUAAGCUAGAUAUUUCCAGUUGCGUUUCUUAUAAGUACCGUUUAGUAGACAUGAACAUUUCUCUAGUCGUCCCCUGGUGUGUGCGGAGGGGAAGAUGUACGCGAUAGCAGAGUGGCCGGUGCGAGCGUGUACAGGAUUGUGUCACGUAGCUGUUAGCAGUGCUGAGAAACUUUGUCGUGCCACAAUCAGGGUUAAUGGUAGAAUUUUUAGUGUUUGUUUUUUUUUUUAUAUAGAAUUUAUGAAUCCCGUUUCUCUCCCGGGAGUCACGUCGGGAGUUUACCGGGGAAAUCGGAAACAUCCGGGAGUUUUUUUUUUCUUUGCCGUUACUGCCUUGUGUCGUGUUGGUCUGUUAAUAUGUAGUGACGGAGAAUCGUGAUUCACUGCAGUGAUUUGAUUCUUUCAAACGACUCAUUUAAGUGAAUCAAUUUCAAGCUUUAUGAUUCUUAUUUCGCAGAUUGUGUCUAAGUUACCUUGUCUCACUAAGUUAUCUUGUAAGAACAAACAAGAACAUAGAAAUGCUAGCAGCUAGCAACGUUACGUAAGAUAAUUCUUAAAAAGAGAAAGAAAAAGAUUAUAGCAGUAACAAUCCAUUAAGUUACGCUGACUGACAUUGGUUACUCAGUUAGCUAGCUAGCUAGUUACAAUCACCAUGAGAGGUUUUUGCUAGCUAGCUAACUUGGCUUAACAUUUUCAUGAGAAAUAUCAAAAUAAACAUCCAUAUUAGGCUGAGCUCAAGUCGACAUAGUUGAGCAUAGCUUAAAGCACAUUGAUCCUGCGUCAGUUUUCUAUUCUAUAAUUAUAAAUAAACAGCUACGAAUUGGAUAAAACACGCAGCCAAGUUCCGUUGACGUGGACAUUAACACAGGAGCUUGCCGCUAGCUGGCUAACUCUUCUAAGCAAAGCCUCCUCUUGGUAAACAUCAGAACAGAGUUAGCUAGCUAGCUAAAUUUACCAGAGGCGAUUACUGAGAGAUUAGCUGUCUAAUUUAGCUAACUCUGAGCCUCCUAAUGCCAGAAGUCUGAACAAUGUUCCAGAUUAUGCGCUGGUUGUACCAAAUAAUGCUAAACCGCUAAUGUUAUUUUACGCGCAGAUCCUGAUUUUGCUCAGUAAGACGGUCAACAUGGGCAGAGUUUAAGCUACAUGUGAUUAGCCAAUAGAAAUCUUGAUGGCAUGACAUCACCAAAAUACUUUACCUAAUGUUCUAGCAAACAUGGCUUGCUAGUUAACGUCAGGCAACGUAACAUUAAACAUUCUGAUUCAAAUGAAUCAUUGAAUUGAUUCACCUGAUUCUGAUUCGUUUAUAUGAGUCGUUUGAAGAGAGCGAAUCCUUUUUUUUUUUUUUUUUCUUUCUUUCUGCGAAUGGCCCAUUUCUGUUAUUUGGAAGGAAGACUUUAGCAUUAUAGUAGAUGCAGUACCGUACAUCGUGAUUGGUUAAGACUGACUAGGCUGUCGUGUUAGGUGUUGCUGUAUUUUCGUAGAGUGUUUCCAUCCUGAGCAUUAUGGCGUGCUGAUGAUUUAUUAACCGUUCGUGACAUUUCAUAGCGAGGGCCUGAUGACGACAUAACGAUGUUGAUUCUAUUUGCUAAUACGUCAUUCCCCUGUGUCUUAUUUGGAGCAUGAAUUUCUAUUUCAAUGCAUUAGCGUUACACAUGUACACUCGAUGUAUUAUAAUAUGAAUAAUGUAUGUUUUCCAUAUGCGAUAUGACAAAUGAUUUGUUCUGUGACUAGGCAUGUGCCGAUAAUCCGUUAAAUCGUGAUCGAUUCGGAUGGAGGCUGGCCGUGUAGGCAACGGAGUAUGAGAUCUCAUGCUAGCAAACUUGGCUAGACAAUAUAAAACGCUAGCAAACCUCACACUUAAAUUUAUUUAGACAAUAAAGUAGUCUAGCUAACGUUAGCUAGCUUGUUAUAAACCUGGCUAGCUAUGUGGCUAAGGAUUAACGUAAAUGUGCGCAAUUUGGAAAGGUAGUCUUGUGUUUGCUGUGUUACAAAAUGCAUUUAAAAACAUGGCGGACAAAUUUGUAAUAAACGUUAGCUAGUUUUGACGUUAAUGAAACACUGAUUAUCAGCACGUGCCUAGCGGUGACAUAGCUAAUAUGCUGCAUUAAAGGGACAUUGCCUUCUUUUUAAACAAUGACCAAACAAUUUAAAAAAAAAAAAAAAAAAAAAAAAAAGGGAACCGGAAGUGGGAUUUUUUUUCCCGUCGUCCCUCGAUACGACGAGGAGAUUUUUUUUUUUUCAUUUCAACCGCAGGAGACGACGGGAUUCACGGUUCUCGUUUCUCAUUUCUCAUCGCGAGAGUCAAAUCCAAACGAAGUGCCUCCUUUUUAGCCGUGCAGUCCGGGUAGUGCCCACGUCAAGGUUUGCACUUUGUGUGUCACUUCUGUCCAUUGUCUGUGUGCGUGACACACACUUACACACACUUCCAUACACUUACACACACACACACACACACACACACACAUACAGUCAUAUACACACAUAUACGCACAUGUGAUUUGAAGAGAGAGGUGUCAUACUACGCUGAUUGCAUGUGAAGCCGAACCUGUCAAAGUCCUUCUGAAUAAAACCUGUGCUGGCCUGAA